GAAGACGCAGCCACAGAUCGCAUCUGAAGCUGCUCACUCAGAGUAAACCUGAGAGGUUGUAAAGGAUAAACUCAGGGAUUAACAUGAGCCGCGAAGCAGAUUCCACCGAGGAGCAGCGAAAUGGAGUUGGGCAUCUACAGAAUGGUAGUGACAGAGACUCCCUGGAUUUCAGCAGACAGAUUAAAACUGAAGAUUUCAGUGAGACACUGCAGUCUGGAAUACCUCAUCGGCCAUGUCAUCUGCCCCAAGGGUCUAUAAUGAGUGGAGGGCAAAUGCCUGGGGAUAUGACAUCUUUACAUUCUCUCCAGCAACUAGUCCUGGUUCCCAGUCACUUGCAGUCUGCUUCCCAGUUCCUGCUCUCACAGUCCCAACCGGUCCAGCAAGGUCUUCUUCAACCAAAUCUCAUUGCUCUGCCUCACCAGCAAGCUGGUGCACAAUCAGGGAUGGGGCUGGCGUCCCAGGCAGUGGGACGUCCCGGCCUUCCAGGUUCCUCUCUAGAAAGUCAUCUGGAUCUAGCUCAGCACCUACAUGGCCCCAAACACUUAGCUGUGGCCCCGGAUGAACCCAGUGAUUUAGAAGAACUGGAAAAGUUUGCCAAAACAUUCAAACAGAGAAGGAUAAAGCUUGGAUUUACCCAGGGUGAUGUUGGUCUGGCCAUGGGGAAACUGUAUGGGAAUGAUUUCAGCCAAACAACCAUAUCACGAUUUGAAGCUCUUAACUUGAGUUUCAAAAACAUGUGCAAGCUGAAACCCCUGUUGGAGAAGUGGCUCAGCGAUGCAGAAACUUCCCCAUCAGAUUCUGCCUUAACACCCAAUACUACAUAUCCACAAUUAAGCGAGUUGUUUGGGCGUAAAAGGAAGAAAAGAACAAGCAUAGAAACUAACAUACGUAUGACUUUGGAGAAGCGUUUCCAAGACAACUCCAAGCCCAGCUCCGAGGAGAUCAGCAUGAUAGCAGAGCAGCUGGCUAUGGAAAAAGAAGUGGUGCGAGUUUGGUUUUGUAAUAGACGCCAGAAAGAGAAACGAAUUAACUGCCCAAUUAACUUGCCACUGAAGUCUCCAAUCUACAACUCAAGAAUGGUGUCAACAUCCGGUUCUUUGGGGUCUUUGGCUAUUAAUCCAGUGCACAGUACAAUGACCAGCACAGUGACCUCCUCUUGUUCUCCUGGGAGCUCCAGUAGACCAUGCUCUCCAAGCUCAGGUCUCCACUGCAGCAGUCCCGGAAUCUCCUUAAACAGUUCCAAAUCCAAUGUCAAUACCGCCAGCUACAGUUCAUCUGGACCAUGGUAUCGAUGGAAUCAUCCAACAUACCUGCACUGAGGAGACUCUUCCAACUCAGAUAUGAAAAUGAUGGUUUGUUUAACCAGGAACUUUAAGAGAAUCUCUUAACACAAUGCCGCUUCCACCAGUGGUUUUACGUACUCUAUGGACUAGAAGCGACAGACUUUUGAUACAAAGCAAUCAGUUUGGGGAUAGGCAAGCCUGUGAACACUAAAGACCUACAGUUGGUGACCGUCCUUCGAAAGGAGUGUGCAUCUCAAGAUCCUGUGUCCAUCUAGAGAUCCAUUUGUUUAAUCCAGUGGUUCUCAAACUCGGUCCUCAGGACCCCACACGGUUCACGUUUUCCAUGACACCCAGCAGCUGCACUGUGUAUCACCAACGGUCACAUUUUAAAAAUCUACAGGUGACCUGCAAAACAUGAACCAUGUGGGGUCCUGAGGACCGAGUUUGAGAACCUGUGGUUUAAUCUAUAUUUUAUCCUUUGUGUUUUGCGACAAGGUAGUACCCACCAACUGCUAAAUAUUUUUUGAUGUUUAAAAAGUGGAGUUUACAUUAUAUUUUGUAAUCCCAACAUAGCAACUACCCAUCGUCUAAUAUGUCUGUAGGGGCAGUUUGUGCCUACUAAAUUAUUGAAACUUGUAAAUAGUCUCAAUGUUAUUUUUACCUGAUCGUGUGAUUUUUACCUUUGCUUUGUAAUUCAGAAAACGACUUCUGAACUUUUCCGAUUGAUGUGUUCAAACUAUUUAUAAAUAUCCUUUAUAAAUGCUGCAUUUGAUUAUGUAGAUGUAUCUACCGCAUUUUACACACUGUGGCCCAGAUUUAUCAAGCCUUGGAGAGUGAUAAAUAGCUCAGUGAUAAAGUGCCAGCCAAUCAGCUCCUCACCAUGCUAUUUAUCACCAUGCUGUUUAUCACCAUCCAAGGUUUGAUAAAUGGGGGCCUUUGUUUGCCACUACUGGUGUGCAAGUGAUAUAACAAAUAAUAGAGCCAAUGCUGCCUCAAUAAAGAAAAUUCAUUAUAUGUGAUAUUACAGUUCCAAGUUCAUAGGUAAAUGGUUCUUAGGACUCCAAACAAUUAUAGUGAUUUCAGCAGGGGCGUCAGAAUGAUUUCACACUGUGGGGGGGGCCAAGUUUGAAUUUCAUUUUGGCGCCCCUGCUGUGGUGCCGGCUUCCUCUUCUUCAAACACCCCCCACACACACACACCCGCCCCUGUGGUGCCGGUCUCCUCUCCUUCAAACCCACUCACCACCAUCAGUGCGGGGGAACGCUUACCUCUGCAUCCCCGUGGGCGGCUUCCAAAGUAGUGUGCUGCCGCAGGCAGGGUGCGGUGUCCCCCCGUU